CGGUUACUGUUCGGGAGGUGAAUCAGUCGGGUGGUCGGGAUGGCAGAUUGAUGUCUCGUUGUAUGACAGUUUUGAGAAGUCGUGCGUGCAUUUUAGAGGAUUUAGCUUGUGAUAUAGUUAACCCACACGUGUAAUUCGCAUUCACUUAUGCACAUCGCGUGGAUCGUGCCACCUCCGAGCAGGUGAAUAUCGAUCAGAGCAACAUGGCACCCUUGGCAAUGGGUUCGUUGGUGAUACUGUUUAUUACAAUCUUGGUUGGAAGUGCGAAAGAUACAUCUUUCGAAGCUGCUUUUCAAGGUCAUUGCGGAGAAGAGAGUCCGUGUCAACACUUCUGUUACGAUCUGCACGAUGGAACCUACGAGUGCUCGUGUAGAGAUGGAUACAAUCUAUCAGAAGAUGGUUACAGUUGUGUAGAAAUUGGAAAUUCAAGAGGAGGUAGAAAAUUGACAACAUCCAGUGCUGACCAAUUACAGAAUGAAAAACCUGUAUCUGAUGAAAAAGAUAUAUAUUACCGUCCAUAUCAAAAUGAGGACAUUGAUGAUAGCAAUGACGUUCACAUAUUUUUUGAUGUGAAUCAUCUGGAUGGAAAAAAGAGAAGUGGGCAUCGAAUCGAAGAUCCUUAUCAACCCAUGAAUACUUUAUCAGUGACUACUCCCAGCACGAGACGUUCUUGUGACAUUCUUCUAUGUGAAUCGGGUGGUAUAUGCAUUCAAGAUGAAGUUCAAGGUACAGGAAGAUGUAGAUGUCCAUUGGGAAGAGGUGGAACGUAUUGCGAACAACCGCUAGAACCUCGUUAUCCAAGAUUUAAAAACGGCUCCUAUUUGAUUUUACCAGUAUUGAGGGAAGCUUAUAAAUCCAUGCAAGUUACGAUCGAGUUUCGUCCGGAAAGUUACGAAGGUAUUCUUAUGUACAGUGGAGAAAAAUCAAAUUUGCAGGGAGAUUAUAUAGCAAUUGUAUUAAAUAAAGGUUUUGUGGAAUUCAGAUUUGACUGUGGUAUGGGUGAAGGUAUUUUAAAAAGUGACCAACCAGUCGUACUUCAUUCUUGGAAUAUGCUUUCCAUAUUUAGAGAUGGAUGGGAUGCUUGGAUGCAGUUAAAUAAUGGAAAGCAGAUUCAGGGACGAUCGAGGGGGCUUUUCUCAAGAAUAACAUUCCGUCAGAAUUUAUAUCUUGGUGGAUCACCAAAUAUAUCUUUAGUGAAAGAUCGACUGCUUACGUCAUCUAAUUUCAUAGGCUGCAUAAGAAAUUUGGAAAUUAAUAGUCAUAUUUAUGAUUUUAGACCAGUUAAAAGAGGUGAUUCUCUUCAAGGAGUUGAUAUAGAGGAAUGCAAUGCUGAUGUCUGUAGCCAAAUUAUUUGUCACAAUGGUGGACAGUGUGUUGCUGCUAGUCCGGAUCAUGGAAUCUGUUUAUGUCCCAUUGGUUUCAUUGGAGAAAAAUGUGAAACACCUGUUGACAUCAUCAUUCCUUCAUUCAAUGGAUCGUCUUACCUUCAGUAUCCGGGACUCGCAAAUACUGUGUUGUCAUUUAUUGAAGUACUCAUUGUAUUUAAACCAUACGUUCCAAAUGGUGUUCUCUUUUACAAUGGAUACAAGAUGGAUGGAUCGGGCGAUUUCAUUUCAAUCAAUCUAGUGAAUGGAUUUGUAGAACUGAGAUUUGAUUUGGGUACGGGAGUUGCCAUUAUAAGAAGUUCAGAACCAAUUUCAAUGAAUGAGUGGCACACAGUUUUCAUAUCAAGAACAGGCCGAGAUGGAAUUUUAGAAGUCGACAAACAAGCUCAUGUAGAAGGAAUGUCUCCCGGUGCUUUUACCCAAUUAUCUUUACCACUUAAUCUUUAUGUGGGUGGAGUUCCCGAUUUUCAGGACACUGCUCGGAAAGCCGCUAUUUCUACUUCAUUUAAUGGUUGCAUUCAGAAAUUGGUGAUAAAUAGUAAACCACUCAAACUUUUAGAAGAAGCUCUUUCUGGUGUGAAUAUUGGAAAUUGUGAACAUUCUUGUGUCAACAGUCCUUGUCACAAUGGUGGAAGCUGUGAACCAAAACAUGACUUUUACACUUGUCAUUGUCUGUUAGGAUAUACAGGAAUUAAUUGUGAAAAAGAAGGAACUGAAAUUAUUGCAGAACCAAUGUUUACUGGAGCUAGUUAUCUACAUUACAUUGAUGAUGGCAUCAUGAAGAGAAUUCGUGGUAAUAAAGUGGACAUCAAAUUAAAAUUUAGAAGUUUUGCACAGACUGGUCUCAUUUUAUGGGCUGGAAAAAAUCACAUGACUGCUUCCAGUGAUUUUCUUACUCUGGGUAUAAGAGACAGUUAUUUGUACUUCCAGUACAAUUUGGGUUCAGGAGAAGUCACCAUUGUUCAAAAUUCCACCAAAGUGGAUGAUGGAAAAUGGCACAGUUUACACGCCAUCAGGCAUAAUCAAGAAGGUUCAUUGAUCAUUGAUAACAGUCCUGCAAUAAUAGGAAAAUCUCCUGGUCCUUUACAUCAACUUAAUGUCAACAAUGGUUUAUAUUUGGGAGGGAUGGAGGAUAUUGUACACCUGAGCCAAAAUCAUUACAAAAUUGGAAUGGUUGGAUGUUUGGCUAACUUUACCCUGUCCACAGACUAUCACGUCCAUUUAAUCAUCCAUGCAACAAGUGGGAUCAACAUUCAGCAAUGCCUGUAGAGACAGACAGGAAACAAAACAAAAAACCCUGUAUUUUGCACAACAGAAAUACAAUUAUCUGUGCCAAGACAGAAGCAUCCUGCAUACUGCACAUUACUAUGUAUGCUUUUUUUGAAAUUGAUGUUACCGCAGAAGAGUCUUGGCGAACGUAAACGUCGAACCAUCUUUUUCUCCAGAUGUCAGCACUGAAAGAAUGUCCGAGAACAACAUUCCACUUGACACAUCACGUCGUUCAUUACGAGGAUGGCGGAGAACACUUCCUGCGAACGUUUUUAAACAAAGUGUCGCAAAGUAUGUUCGUGCUAUGAAACAUUUGAUAAGCUUACAUUUCGGUUUGUUGUUCCUGUGCAUUGUGUUUAGUGCCUUUUUUAUGCUUCUAUCGGAAAAAAAAUAAGGUUAGAAGUACUAUGUCUCAUUUCCCCAUUCUCUAACAAUAUCCCGUAUAAAUGUCGACGGAAGUUUUCUGUACGAUUUAUGCAAUAUUCAUUAUAAACACAUUUCUAACAUAAAAGAGUUUGAAUACACUUUUGAUAGCAUAACGUUUGUGUGUGAUAAUUACUAAAAUUUUAUUUAAAAUUAGAUAAAACUAGUCAUUUUAAGAAAUUUCAUAAAAUAUGAUGAGAGAAGAGAAUUUUGCAUAAAUGAUAUCUUUCCAACAAACUUUAAUUAACUUCUUGCAAUGGAUAAAUAUGUCAUUUUUUCAACUUUACUAUUUAGAAGAGCUAUGCUAUAAAAAAACCAGGAUCCAAAAUUUUGAAUUUGUAAAUAAGAUUUACUUUGCCUGUUUAUUAUAAAAGUUAUGCAGUUAAAAUAUCUAAAUAAAUA